AUGUGGCGGGACCGAACCAACCUCUUCAUCUCCUACCGCCAGUCGUACUCGCACCAUCCGCCCAGCAAGACUCCGCGCUAUGGCGGCCCCGUCGCCAAUGGCUUCGGCGAUGAGGAGCGUCAGGGCCUCAUGUCCUCGGGGGCCUUCGAAGACGACGGCGACGCUGUCAUCGAGAUGGACCUGCUCCCGCCGCGCUGGCUCGACAUCCAGGACGAAAUCACGGAGCAUCUUGCAGACAUAGCGAGACAGACACGGAGGCUUGAUCAGAUGCACCAGAAGCACGUGCUUCCCGGUUUCGACGACGAGGAGGUCAAGAGGCGGGAGGAGCGGGAGAUUGAGUCUCUUACCCAGGACAUCACACGGAGCUUCCAAAAGUGCCAACAGGCCAUCAAGCGCAUCGACAACAUGGUGCGCGAGUCCAAGCAGCAGGGCAGCAUCAGCAAUGGCGAAGAAACCAUGGCCAAGAACCUCAAGAUUUCUCUGGCAUCGCGUGUAGGCGAAGUGAGCGCCUUGUUUCGCAAGAAGCAGGCCGCAUACCUCAAGAAGCUUCGCGACAUGGGUGGCUUCGGUUCUCCCCUCCGCUCCGCAACCCCUAUCCAGAAUCCCUACAACGACCCUGCCCUGCAGGAGUCCGACGCGGACCGCUCCUUCUCACAAUCGACCUUGCUCCAGGCUAAGCAGCAGCGAAUACGUCACGAUCCUAACGAAGCCCUCAUUGCCCAGCGUGAGCGCGAGAUUGAGGACAUUGCGCAAGGCAUCAUCGAAUUAGCCAACAUAUUCCAGGAGCUGCAAACAAUGGUCAUCGACCAAGGGUCCAUGCUAGACCGCAUCGAUUAUAACGUGGAAAGAAUGACGGUGGACGUGAAGGAAGCAGACAAGGAGCUCAAAGUCGCGUCCGGAUACCAAAGAAAAAGCAUCAAGAGAAAGGCCAUGUUACUGCUGGCCAUUCUCAUCGCUGGCGUGUUCAUUUUACUCUCACUGAAGCUAAGCCGCAAAGGCAACAGCGAUCCAGCACCCGCGCCAGUCCCAAAACCGCCUCCUGAAGCCGCAGUCCCAGAGCGCAGGCGGCGCAGACGCCAGUCAGUAGCAUUGGGAACAAGCCGGGAUUGGCACAGGCGAAAACGGAGGUUAUGGGAAGAUGUUGCUGAGGGUGUACCACUACUUGGUGCAUAA